AGGCAAGGCCAGGUAGGUGUCAUCUCUCAGCAAAGUUUGAGUGGGGGCUUUGGGCCAUGAGUGAGCUGGGUGCUCAGAAGACCAGUGAUGGCACCGUUUCUCGGCUGCUCGAUGUCGUGGAAAGUGAGCUUCAGGCAGGGAGAGAAAAAGGCGAUCCCACGGAGAAGCAACUUCAGAUCACCCUGGAGGAUGCCCCUCUCUGGCAGAGAUUCAAGGAAGUCACUAAUGAAAUGAUCGUGACCAAGAAUGGCAGACGGAUGUUCCCUGUCCUAAAGAUCAGUGUCACAGGGCUGGACCCCAAUGCCAUGUACUCCCUCCUGCUGGACUUUGUCCCAACUGACAGUCACCGCUGGAAGUAUGUCAAUGGUGAAUGGGUGCCCGCGGGCAAGCCAGAGGUCUCCAGCCACAGCUGUGUCUACAUCCACCCCGACUCCCCCAACUUUGGGGCCCACUGGAUGAAGGCUCCCAUCUCCUUCAGCAAAGUGAAGUUGACCAACAAGCUCAACGGAGGUGGGCAGAUAAUGUUGAAUUCUCUGCAUAAAUAUGAACCCCAGGUUCACAUCGUGCGUGUUGGCGGUGCCCACCGAAUGGUCAUGAACUGCUCCUUCCCUGAAACCCAGUUCAUAGCUGUGACUGCCUAUCAGAAUGAGGAGAUAACAGCUCUCAAAAUCAAGUACAACCCUUUUGCCAAAGCCUUCUUGGACGCCAAGGAAAGAAGUCACCUAAAAGAUGUUCCGGAGGCUGUCUCGGAGAGCCAGCACGUGGCCUAUUCUCACUUGGGAGGCUGGAUCUUUUCCAAUCCAGAUGGAGUGUGUCCAGCAGGAAAUGCCAACUACCAGUAUGCGGCCCCUCUGUCUCUGCCUGCUCCCCACCCACACCAUAGCUGUGAGCACUACUCAGGCCUCCGAGGACACCGGCAGGCUCCCUACCCUUCUGCUUACAUGCACAGAAACCAUUCUCCAUCAGUGAAUUUGAUAGAAAGCUCAAGCAAUAAUCUGCAAGUUUUCUCGGGACCCGAUGGCUGGACUUCCUUGUCCUCCACCCCCCAUGCCAGCAUCCUGUCUGUACCCCAUACCAACGGACCGGUCAAUCCAGGGCCAAGCCCCUAUCCGUGCCUGGUGACCAUCAGCAACGGUGGCGGGGGCCCGGUAGGGCCGGGUGCCGAGGUGCACGCCAGCACCCCGGGAGCGUUCCUCCUCGGAAACCCAGCUGUGACCUCUCCCGCCUCUGUGCUCUCUUCCCAAACCCCCACUUCGGCUGGCAUGGAGGUUCUGGGGGAGCCCUCGCUGACCAGCAUCGCCGUGUCCACCUGGACAGCAGUGGCCUCGCAUCCCUUCUCCAGCUGGGGUGGACCAGGUGGGGGUGGGCGCCAUUCUCCUUCCUCAUUGGGCAGUUAGGUGGAAUCCUGGUAUCCUCUGUAGCCAAGACCCUUCUUUGUGUAGCACUUAGAAACCCCGUCUCCUGAUGCCGGUGGGUCAGCCUGCAGGGUCCUCCCUCCCUGGGGUUUGGAGGGAGGGUGGGUUGUACCCCAAGUCCCACUGGAGAUGGUUUAGUCUGGACGAUGCUCAUCACAGCGCUCGCAUCUCUCCACCGUUUCUUUCACAGCUUAUCCUUGCUGCGCUUAGACGCAGAAGUUCACUGAGUGCCUUCCUUGUGCCCUGCCCCUUACUCUCAAAGUUCUGGAAAGCCUCACUUCCUUUUCUGCCCAGGUAGUAGAAAGCUGUUAGGUGAGCUCAGAGUUUUCCUAGUUAAGGGCACUGUUCCCAAGUAAAGUUGUCCCAUAGUAUGCACAGGGGGUUGGUUCCAGGAAUGACUCCUGGAGGU